GGCCCGGCGGCGGCGCAGGCCCAGGCCCAGGCGGCGGCGGCGGCUCAGGCCCAAGCGGCGGCGGCGGCGGCGCUGGCCGCGCAGCGGGAGCGGAACGAGUUCCCCGAGGACCCCGAGUUCGCCGAGGUGGUGCGGCGGGCCGAGCUGGCCAGCGAGCGCGGCAUCUACCCCGAGCGCAUCUCGCAGGGCUCCAGCGGCUCCUACUUCGUCAAGGACCCGCAGGGGAAAAUCAUUGGCGUCUUCAAGCCCAAGAACGAGGAGCCGUAUGGGCAGCUGAACCCCAAGUGGACCAAGUGGCUGCAGAAGCUGUGCUGCCCGUGCUGCUUCGGGAGGGACUGCCUCGUCCUGAACCAGGGCUACCUGUCAGAGGCGGGCGCCAGCCUGGUGGACCAGAAACUGGAACUCAACAUUGUUCCUCGCACAAAGGUCGUGUAUCUGGCCAGCGAGACCUUUAACUACAGUGCCAUCGACAGGGUGAAGUCCCGAGGAAAGAGGCUGGCCCUGGAGAAGGUGCCCAAAGUGGGCCAGCGCUUCAACCGCAUCGGCCUGCCGCCUAAGGUGGGCUCCUUCCAGCUCUUUGUGGAAGGCUACAAGGAUGCUGACUACUGGCUGCGACGGUUUGAGGCUGAGCCGCUCCCCGAGAACACCAACCGGCAGCUGCUGCUGCAGUUCGAGCGGCUGGUGGUGCUGGACUACAUCAUCAGGAACACAGACCGGGGCAACGACAACUGGCUCAUCAAGUACGACUGUCCCCUGGACAGCGCGGGCGUGCGGGACAGCGACUGGGUGGUGGUGAAGGAGCCCAUCAUCAAGCUGGCUGCUAUAGACAACGGUUUGGCUUUUCCUCUGAAGCACCCGGACUCCUGGAGAGCAUAUCCCUUCUACUGGGCAUGGUUGCCCCAGGCCAAAAUCCCUUUUUCACAGGAGAUCAAGGACCUGAUUCUCCCCAAGAUCUCAGAUCCCAACUUUGUCAAAGACCUGGAGGAAGAUCUGUAUGAGCUCUUCAAGAAGGACCCUGGCUUUGACAGGGGGCAGUUUCACAAGCAGAUUGCUGUCAUGAGAGGCCAGAUCCUGAACCUGACUCAGGCACUGAAGGACGGGAAGAGUCCCCUGCACUUGGUUCAGAUGCCACCCGUGAUCGUGGAAACGGCGCGUUCCCACCAGCGCGCUGCCAGCGAGUCCUACACGCAGAGCUUCCAGAGCCGGAAGCCUUUCUUCUCGUGGUGGUAGCUGUGGGAGCCGCGGGCAGGGCUCAGCUGCCUCGGACUGGCACUGCGAGAGGAGCUGGGCCGCUCCUGUGGCUGGGAUGUGACGUUCCGGGUAGAGAGAGCAGGUGUGGCUGGAGGAACCUGCAGCUGGAGCGGAGGAGCCAGGCAGGUUGGGCACGGUCCCUCUCUGGCUCCCUUGGAGCUGUGUGGUGCGCGUACAGCCUUGCCUGGGGAGGAGCUCAGGGGGAGGCAUGGGAAGCGGCUGCGAGCUGCAGCGUGGCUGGGACCCUGCCCGUGCCUCCUUUCCCUGGCCUGCAUGCGGUUCGCAGCACGCCUGCUCGGGCUGGGAUGAGCUGGCUCCCCGGGUCAGGAUCCGUCCAGCCUUUACACCAGCUGCCGGCCUUCCUCUUCCUGCUGUGCCUGCUGCUGGCUCCAGGGCUGGGAAGGCCUGGAGUGGGUCAUACUGCCCUCCCCGUCCUCAAAGGCGUGCUCGUCUCCUCCUCACUUUCUCUCUUCUGCCCCAACCCUGUGCAAGCUGCUUUCCUCAGGGGGAGUUCCCGCUGCCUGUCGGUGCAGUGGGGACCACAAUGAACGGCUGUUCUCUGGCUGGGGGCUCGAGGAGGGGAUGUAAGGAGGACCCUGCUCUUGCCUGCUCCCUGGGGCAGGCUUGGCUGCGGUUUGACACUAAGUGGAAAAAGGUGCUGGCUUGGCCUGGUGAAGAGCAGGUGGCUCUGGGGGGUGCUGGAGCCUAGCCCACCCCAAGUAGGGGUGCAGCGGCCUCGCCCUCUGCUGCCCCAGUCCAUCCAUCCUGCUAGGUCCCCACAGCUGCUGUUGCUUGGCUUUUGCCCCUGCUCCCAGCAAAGCUCCCUGGCUGCUGUGCAGCCGGGGUCGGGCCAGCCAGCGUGGCUCCAGCCUUGCCUGGACCUAGCAGUCACCUUGAGGGACAGGGGAGGAGCCGGGGACAGGGGACAGCUGGAGGGGCUCUUCCUGCUGGGUGGGUGGGAGCCAUGCAGGAAUUGGGGUACUGGGAGCACAUGGGGACCAGUGUGGGCUCCUGGCUGUCCCUGUGCUGACAAUCUUGUGGGCCUGAUGUGGGUGGGUGAGGCAGCAAGCGCCCCCUCUCCCCAAAAGCUGCUGAGCUGUGUUGUAUAAAACGGUACCAGGGCUGCUGCCUGCGUCUGCUUGCCUUGAGCUGUGGCUUUCCCUGUUGCUGAGGAGAGCUGGGGGUGGGUCUCGCUGCCCUGUUUGCCCAUCCUUGGGGGGGUGGGAGGGAAAUGAAAGCUGGUUGGGGCUCUGCUGGGGGGUUUGGGAGGAGAAGGCAGCUCACUUGUCUCCUGUGAGCAGAGGGGGCUCGGCCCCAGCUGUGCUGAGGAUGCUGCGAGCACAGGGGAGUGGAAGUGAGACCCCAGCUCCCCAGCCAGGCCCGGCUGCAUCUCCCACUGACCCAAACCGUAUUGUUCUAAUGCACUGUAGAAAUGUAUGUAAUGUAUUUAAACCUUGCAACCGGCUGAAUAACAGAGCUGCCGUUCA